CAUUCGAUGAUCCAUUUUUGUAGGGGAAUCGUUGUAUUUUGCAUGCUAUUUAAAUUAAUUUUAUAAUGCACAUUGGCGAAGGUUGGCGUACUUUGAAAAAUGUACGUGCUGCCGGUGUGUUGCACUAAACCUAUCCCUAACGUAGCCAUUGCUGCAAGGUCUUCGCUAAACUGAAUGCUCGUUAUCCUACAAAUUUACUAGAACUUUGCUAAUCGGCUUGCUUAAUUGAUCUAUGGGAAAAUCCUGCUAAAAUCUACGAGCUUUGUUUGUUAGGGUAGACUCCCAUUCGGAAGCGACAAUUCGUUGUUGUCCGGAGACAUAAAUCUACUGAUCCUACGCAGUAGGUCAGAUUUCUUUUCGUGUUAAUCGAAAAUAAUGACAUAAAUACAAAUCUCUAAAAUAGAAAUGAAAGAAAACUCUAUUAGAAGUAAGGAUGUAAAUGUGAUAACAAGUAAUGUUUUAGAAGUGUAAACAAUAAUAUUUUGCGUGGGCAAGAAAUUAGUUGUUAAGACAGAUAAUCAAAACUUGUACUGUUAUGGCCAAAUAAAGCAACCGAAUAACGUGUGCACGUGACGUGUGUUACAAAAAAUCAUACCAGUGGUGUUACGAUGGGUGAGAAAGUAGAUAAUCAAGACAUUAUGCUGAUGCAAAAGUCAGUAACGGGACCGGGUAAAAGACAGACAGCCACAAGAAAAAGAAGGGCCCAGAAUUGCUCAAAUGCAGAGUCUAUGGAAGAGCAGGAAGGAUGCAGCACAAAGACUAAAUCCAAAACCCAGAGGAGGAAAUCAGCCCCAGUGGUUAAAUGUCCCAGCAAAGCAAAAGGUCACAUUGUUGAAGGUGCUGAGCACCUUUAUCGCACCCACAUAUGCUCAGAGUGCCGCCGCUGUUUCAAGACUCGGUCCCAUCUGGUGGAGCACAUGCACCUGCAUUUCCCAGACCCCAGCCUGCAGUGCCCCACCUGCAAGCACAACUUCACCAGCAAGAGCAAGCUGCGCAUCCACAUGCUCCGAGAGGCUGGCCAGAAGCUGCACCAUUGCCACCUGUGUGAGUACGGAGCAGUGGAGCGCAACUCCCUUCGCCGGCACCUCGCCAGCGUGCAUGGAGACCAGGCAGGGGGAGAGAUCUACUCGGACGAGUACCCCUGCCCAACUUGCGGGGACACCUUCCGGCAGAGCCAGAUGCUGAAGGCCCAUAUGAAGUCCCACCACACUGUCAGAGAGGGUCAGGCUCUGGCCUGCCUACACGAAGACUGCACCUUUCAGACCACUGAGAAGAAAGACCUGCAGAGGCAUAUGGAGGAUGCUCAUGGCAUCAAAGCUAUCGAGUGUCGCCAUCAUGCGUGCAGUGUUCUCUUCCAGAGCACAGAGGCCAUGGAGAGACACCUACGCACACACCAGGCCUUCCACUGCACAGAGUGCGACUUCUCCUGCUCCAACAAAAACCGCUUCCAGCAGCACAAGAGACAGGGGCACCCGGGCAAGGAGGAGCUGCACUGCAGCUUUUGCACCUUUGCCACCUUCAACCCCGUGGAGUUUGAGCAGCACGUGGGCCAUUUCCAUGCAAAUGAGAAGAUCCACCGUUGUCAACAGUGUGAUUUUGUCACAGCCCAUAAACGCGUCUUAAACAGGCACAUGCUAAUGCACACUGGUGAAAAGCCCCAUAAGUGCAAGCUUUGUGACUUCAGAUGUCGUGAUGAGACCUACCUUUCAAAACAUAUGCUCACACAUUCCGAUGACAAGAAUCAUAUGUGCUCAGAAUGUGGCUAUGUCACUAAGUGGAAGCAUUAUCUCAGUGUGCACAUGCGAAAACAUGCUGGAGACCUCAGGUAUAAGUGUAAUCAGUGUUCAUACCGCUGUCAUCGUACUGACCAACUAAACAGCCACAAGCUCCGUCACCAGGCCAAGUCACUGAUUUGUGAGGUCUGUGCCUACUCUUGCAAGCGCAAGAGUGAACUACGCAAGCACAUGCAGCUGAAGCACUCUACAGGAGAACAAUUCCAGCCUCCUGUCUUUCAGUGCAAAUACUGUCCUUAUCAGACACGCUACCGCCAAGCUCUGCAGAACCAUGAGAACAGCAAACACACCAGGAACCGAGUGUUCCGCUGUGCCCUUUGUUCUUAUACCACCUUUAGCAAUACUGGACUCUUCCUGCACAAAAAGAAGGCCCACGGGUAUGUGCCAGGGGAUACUGAGUGGCUUGAAAACUACGCAGAGAAAGAGAGAGAGAAUAAUGCUCUUGAUCCGAUGCAGAGGUUAUUUUCCAAGCCUGUGGCCGCCCCUCAAGAGACAGAAGCAAGCUCAGGAAAUCCAACUAGUAGCCAGGAUGAUCCUAGGAGAGGAUCAAGGGAAGUGCUUUCAGACCAUCAGAAUAUGGUAGCUGGUGACGCUGUCAUCACUGUCUGUGAAGGUCAAGAACAGCUGUCAGUUGAAUCAGGAGCUUUGGAAGCUGUUGUCGAAAACCAGACCAAUUCUGAAAUUGUUCCAGAACAAGAUAUUCUAGAGGGUCAACAGUCCAAUGACUACAGUGAAUCGUGCUGUACCUUAGUUUUAACACCUGUAAGUGAUGCUGAAUGCUCACAAACUGGAGCUGAAAGUUUGGCUGUUGGUCCAGAGGAGUCACAGACUGAAGGAGAAAAAGCACAGAUCCUCACCGAGCCAGUGGAUGAUCAGCAUGAUGUGGCCACUGAGGAAUGUGAGGAGCAGAGUGAUGGUGAGGAGCCAACAGAGCCUCCCUCCCUCCCUAUCGCACUCUCUCCUCCCAAACAUUCCUCCACUGAAUCUUCCGAGGCUCUCCUGAGAGCCAUGAAGAAACAAGACAAGGAGAAAGCAGAGGCCCUGGUGCUGGAGGGCAGGGUUCAGAUGCUGGUGGUCCAGACCCAGGCCGAUGUGUACCGGUGUGAGCACUGCUCCUAUGUGACGCGCAAGCAGACGUCCCUCCGACAGCACUGCCGCUCGGCCUGCGGGGCCCGGAAAGCAACACUCUGCUGCACAGACUGCGGAGCCAAGUUCAAACAGUCUCGGGGCCUGAACACUCACCGACUCAAGAAGUGCCCUGUGCUUCUGAAGAAGAGGGGGAAGUUUGGCCAGGUGCCCCCAGUAGGGUUGGACAAACCCAAUGAAUCGACUCAAGAGCAGGAAGAAGCACAAAAUUCCGACCAAACAACGGCAGUAAAUCCUAUGUGUGAGCAGGGCUUCGCUAAUGAUAAUAUGACUACUGAUUUGGGUGCGGGGGGAAGCUCUCUAGCUGAUACCAGUAAGACAAACACUGGUAUAUCUACAGCUAUUACUCCGAGCAAAAAGCAGAGAUGUCAUGCAGACUUCAGCUCAGAAGCUGAUGGUCAGGCUUAUACUGAGUUAGAUGGAAAGUUUACCUGUAAGAUCUGUUCUUUUUCGUCCUCUAGGACUGCAACUAUAGAGCGCCAUUGUACCUCUUGCCUCACCUUUGCAGGCAAAGUCAGUCUAAGAAAAGAAGACCAGGAAUCAGAGAAAGACAUCAGUGAUUCUGAUCCUGGCAAAGGGGAGGAAGACUGGAACGGUGGUAACAAUAAUUCCAAGAAUAUGAGCAAAGAAAGCACGACCAGACAUUUGUCCUGCCCCAGUUGUUCCUUCACAUGCCAGCAAGAAAGAGCGUUAGCGAGCCACAGGAAGAGGGGCUGCCUGAAGUCCAAUGAAGUCCAGUGCCAGUUUUGCUCAUUUGUGGCUAAAUCACAAAAGGCGCUUAUUCAUCAUGCACUUGUUCACAAGAAGGAAAAGCCUCAGGCUGCCACUGAAGGCAGAAAGCCCCGGCUGCAGUGCAAGUCCUGCGCCUUCAGCUGCAAACAGGCCCGCUGCAUGGCUCAGCACGUGGCCCUGAAGCACGAGGGAGCCAGGCCGCACUGCUGCCGGUUCUGUGCAUUCAGCACCACACGUCGGUACCGCCUGGAGGCCCACGAAUCCUUGCACACGGGACUGGGUCGGCACGCCUGCAACCUUUGCGACCAGACGUUUGGCACCACAUCCAAGCUCCGGCUGCACCGGCAGCGUGUCCAUGACAGGCAGGCCACGCACUUCUGCCAGCUCUGCGAUUACAGUGGUUACAGCCUGAACGAUAUCAGUCGCCAUACCCUCAGCUGCCACACGGGGGCGCUCAGCCAUGCGUGCAGCCAGUGUGAGGCGUGCUUCAGCUCCGAGACAGCUCUGAAGCAGCACCUGAAUCGGAAGCACAAGAGUCAGCGGACACACACCUGCUCUCAGUGUGACUUCACCUGCCAGAGCAGAGGCGGUCUCAAAGACCACCUCCAAGAACAGCACCCGCAGCUGCGCUGCGCCACCUGCCAGAUGACCUUUGAGACGCCAAAGAGUCUUGAGGAGCACCGCAAGACCCACCUCACCCAGCGGUGCCCCGUGUGCCCCUUCGCCACCCGAAAGAGGCAGCUCCUUGCGCAGCACCUACUGGACGAGCACGAAGGCGGGUCGACCGAGGACAAGUCCCUGAAGUGUGAAGUCUGUGGCUUUGCCUGCCGCCAUCAGCUGGUGUUUGAGCAGCACAUCCGCUCUCAUGGAGGAACCCGACUCUACAAGUGUACCGACUGCAAGUACUCUACGCAGAACAGGCAGAAGAUCACUUGGCACAUCCGGAUCCACACAGGGGAGAAGCCCUACCAUUGUGAGAAGUGCAGUUACUCCUGUGCCGAGCCCUCCAGGUUAAAGUAUCAUAUGAGGAUUCACCAGGAGGAACGGAAAUACCUUUGUCCAGAGUGUGGCUACAAGUGCAAGUGGGUGAGCCAGCUGAAAUACCACAUGACAAAGCACACAGGAGCCAAACCAUAUGCAUGUGAGGAAUGUGAGUAUCGCACCAAUCGGCCCGACGCCUUGCGGGUACACCGGGACACACGCCAUCGUGACGUGCGCUCCUUCAUCUGCGAGAAGUGCGGCAAGGCCUUCAAGACACGCUUCCUGCUCAAGACCCACCAGAAGAAGCACAGCGAGGAGCGGCCCUUUGUUUGCAAGAUGUGCCCCAAGGCCUUCCGCUGGGCUGCGGGGCUGAAGAACCACUACCUGACCCACACCAACCAGCAGCCCUACCACUGUCUCCACUGCUCCUACCAGGCCAGACAGAAGUUCCAGGUGGUGAAACACCUGCAGCGGCACCACCCAGACCAGCCCGUGGAGAAGGGUGUGGGGCGAGACCCGGGCGCUCACCCCAUGACGCUUCAGGACGUCCGGCUCGCUGUGCCAGUGGAGCGACCAGACAACACAGACGAGCUGACACAGCAGGAGGACCACGACACUCGCAACACUCAAGGGGGGAAAUAAGGGAUGAUGACCAGCAGAGCUCAUUCUCGUGUGUCUAUACUAUUGUAGUGUCUUAAAGCAAGAAUACAGUUUUGUAAUAAUGAUUUUAUUAUGUAAACUUAUUUACAAAUGUGGUAGUAAUAUGUAAAUAAGACAAAGUGUGUCAAGCAAUGUUACACACCGAUAGCAGCAAAUUAAGAAAAGAACAGAGAUGUCAUAAAAUGAAAAAAUUCAAAAUACUUUUUAAAAAAGUCAUGAUAAUGGAAAAGAGCUUGAAGCAUUUCCUCCAUAUAAAAAAAGUUAAUACUGAGUAAUAAGUCCUGUUCACCUUCUCACCCCUUCAUAAACAGUUAACAAGCAGAACAUUCUGUAAUUAUAUGCUAGUAUACUGGCAGGAAUCGUAUCAUUCAUACAGUUUUAGGACAUAUACAGCAUUGCGUGCUCUGCAAAGACAUCAAUAAAACAGUUGUAACACCAGCAUUAACAGCAUUAAAACCCUGAAAAAGAACAAUAUUUGAAUUAA